UAUUCCAUGUUUGUACAGUAGCGUAUACAAUGGCUUAUCCACCCGAAUUGGCCUUGUUAUUGUUAACUCUAGUGAUAACACGUACGUUCCUGCAUUCGUCUACAACAGUAUUACAAAACACUGUCGUUAUUUCCUCAUUCGCAAAGUCGGCACUCAAGUAAACAAGCACGCAAUGGCCUCGAACGAUCGUGUGCAGAUUGAAAUGGCUGACACCAGCUUCCAAACUGAUGCUGCAGAUCGAGGUAACACAAUCAGAAGUGAAAACGGUCGGACUAGAUUCUCAGACAAGGCGGAUGAUAUCUCGCUGGUCAUUGACACUGGACGUGUCAAAGCAGAGACGGGGACCAGACGCGCGAGGCCGCUCCGUGGUCUGGUGUAUGGUCUGGAGGACAUACCGCCUUGGUAUACCACGCUCCUGCUUGGAUUACAGCAUUUCAUGACGGACAUCGGCAGCAAUGUUUCACUGGCGUUUAUUCUGGCUCCGUACCUCUGCGUAUCUCACGACCCCUUGACCGUGGCAAAGAUCAUUGGUACCCUGUUCUUCGUCAACGGUUUGGUAACACUUCUUCAGACUACCUUUGGUGUAAGGCUUCCUAUCAUCCAGGGAACAUCGUUCGCCUUUUUGGUGCCGACAUUUUCGAUUCUGAACAUACGAGGCGAUUGUCCCCCUCCACCCACAGAAAAUUCUACAAUGGAGGAAAUAGAUGCGGCAGAAGAUGAAUGGUUAUCAAGAAUAACAGAGAUCCAGGGCGCCAUCAUGGUAGCAUCGUGCGUCCAGGUCAUUAUUGGAGCCACGGGAAUCGUUGGUAUCCUGCUGAAUUUCAUUGGUCCCCUCGCAAUCACACCAACCAUCACGCUGAUUGGUCUAUCACUUCAAAGUGCGGCCGCUACCAGGGCGGGAAAGCACUGGGGUAUUGCAGUGAUGACCAUUGCGCUCAUCAUCUUAUUCUCACAAUACAUACCCGAGAUAGGGGUACCAACAUUGGGCUACAAUUCCCGAAGGAAGUGCCACCUGAGCAGGUUUAAGCUCUUCAAAUUGUUUCCGAUCAUCCUUGGUGUUGCUGUUUCCUGGUUGUUUUGCGUCAUAUUCACGGCCACCGACGUGUUCCCUGACGACCCUAACGCGUAUGGAUAUGCCGCUCGUACCGAUCUGAACAGCAUGCUGCUGGAACGUGCGCCUUGGUUCCGAUUCCCAUAUCCAGGACAAUGGGGCACGCCCACCGUGACACUCUCCGGUGUUCUCGGCAUCAUGGCGGGCGUUUUUGCGUCCAUUAUUGAGUCCAUUGGUGACUACUACGCAUGCGCCAGAUUGUCUGGUGCCCCACCUCCUCCCCAGCAUGCUAUCAACAGGGGUGUACUGAUAGAAGGCAUUGGGUGCAUACUGGCCGGCGCCUGGGGAUCCGGAAAUGGAACCACGUCACACAGUCAAAACAUCGGGACAAUCGGACUGACAAAAGUCGGCAGUCGAGUGGUUGUUCAGGUGGCUGGAUGCAUCAUGAUAGUUACUGGACUGAUUAUAAAGAUCAGUGCCGUAUUUGCAACCAUGCCGGAUCCCAUCGUGGGUGGUAUACUCUGUAUCACAUUCGGUAUGGUGACAGCGGUGGGAUUGUCCAAUCUUCAGUUUGUUGAUCUCAACUCAUCCCGUAACCUCUUCGUUCUUGGCUUCUCUACCCUGAUGGGCCUUGUCGUGCCGUACUAUGUCGAACAAAACUCGGGACUCAUCAAAACAGGUUCUGUCGAGUUUGAUCAAAUCGUGACAGUUAUGCUCACAACUGACAUGUUUGUGGGUGGAUUUCUAGCAAUUAUACUGGACAACACCAUACCAGGCACCGACGAGGAAAGAGGACUCCUGUCCUGGCGAGAACAUGUCACUGGUGACACAGCAGACAUCAACAACAGAGAAGAGGAGACAGAAAAUGAAGCAGGCAAAGCUGAAGGAGUUGAAGACAAUGAUCUGGGUCUGACCGUGAUGAAUGGCGGGAGUGACGGAGUCGUCCCAAUAACAAACCGACCCACGGAAACCGCUUUACCACCGUGUUAUGAUCUACCGCUGGUUACGAGGUUCAUUCGUCGAUGGGCCUGGUGCCGUUACCUGCCCGUCAGCCCAACAUUCCAGGGAUUCAAAUUCGGCUGGAUUACUAAAUCCUGCAAGAAAAAACACCGUCCAAAUGGAGAGAUACAUGGACACGACCAUGAAGGCUUUCAAACUCCGGCAAUCUAAACUUGGCUUAACAACAGAUGUAUCAUUCUGUAUAGAGAUCGCACCAAAAAAACCUCCGUUAUCUCUGUCUAUGAAAUUACUAGAAUUGUUGGUUUAAUCUACACGGUAGUACAACAACAGUUACAGAUUCACAUCAAAAUGUUCUUCCUUCUAUAUACACUCCGUUAACUUCUUUUAACACCAUAUCUAAAUCGUAAAUCUCGUAAAUCUGAAUUAAUUAAAAUCAAAGUAUAUGGUCACCUCAAUAAGUAGGCAUUUCUGCUAUGGUAAACUUUGAAAUCGUUUCCAUUCAAAAGUAAUGACGCCACUUCAAUUUUUAUUUUUCAUUACUGGGUGAGAAUAAGGGCUUUAUUAUUUGCAUACUUUCCUUGUAUGAAUACGAAUGCUAGAACGGAUUGUUGCUUGGGGCUAAUGCUUGACGUAAAAUGAGUUUCAUCGGUGUUAUAAUCAUCAAUUGUGUAUUCAUUGGCUAGUUUUUAUAUUGUAGAAUGUUUGACAAUUGUAAUGCGGAAAAGGUAAUGAAGGGAACUUUUAAAUAAGCCGAGGUAUUACUGAUGCAGCUUGCUGGGCUAGAUUAUGCUUAUUAUAAUUGUAGCUUCUUUAAUCUGUAUGAUAAUGUCAGUACUCUGAAUGCUGAGUAUAUUUGACCGUUCCAAACUCAAAAGAGUGUUUCUCGGGCAGACCUAAGAUAUGUAGCAGUCGAUAGCUUAAACAUUGGUCAGGUUUCUGUACCUCAGAGUAAGAGCCGGCCGGAUCUUUAUUUUGAUACGGUUAAGUCGGAAUUUUUUUCCCUUCAAUAUUCGUUGGUUACGUUCAAACAUUUUCUCACUUGUAAUGUUUUAGGUUUUUUUGUUGAGUAACUUUCACUCUAAUUAUUACACUGUAUAUUUUGGUAUCCAUUGUAAGUAUUUUUAACUUUCCAUGUUCAACUAUUUUCACAUGUUUAAAGUUAAAACGAAAUACUAGACACAUUCCAAUUUUGCAUUAUUUUGUUUUUAAUGUUACCGGUGUAUCACACAGAUUAUGUAGGCUGGCCAUUAUUAUAUUUGUACACAGGAAAAUGUGUUGGUAAAGUUAAAACGAGGUGGUAUAGAUGGAUGACAUGGUUAGUCGGGUCUGACAGUCAGGUCGGCCUAUAUCAGUCCGUCGAUAAGUCGGUCUGUCAAUUGGUCAGUCAGUCGCACAUAGUCGGUCACACAUUAUUUGAAAGUAAAACUAACCUUAUAAAGAUACCUUUGAUACCAAAACUAAAAUUGUAAUUCACGUAGAGCAGUCUUCGUAACGUUUUAUUCUUUAUGUAAUAUAAUGACCCGAUAAUGAUGAAAAUAAUGCUGAAAUAAACGUUCAGUUAAUAUUCGAUAUCCAUA